UACAUUCGCAGUAGUAAGUAUCAACACUGGUCUAUUAUAGUAAUCAGGUAUUAAUUGUUAAUCAAGUCCAUUAGUAUACGUCAAUUGAAUAUUUAUUAGUCAAUUUCUCAUAUUCAUAUAUAUACUCAUUAUCAUUAUAAUUAUCAUACUCAUACUCAAUCAUUAAUCACUAAACAAAAGUUAUAGAUAUACAAUCACAUUAUGAAUUCAAUUGCUUCACAAUUUACUAAUAAUAAUAAUAAUAUUAUACGUAAUGAAAUAAAUUCAGUUACUCAUGAAUUUGCUCAACAAAAUAGUUUGAAUUUAGUUCCAAGUAUAACUCUUCCACCAAUUUCACAACCAACAGAUUUCUUAAGAGCUCAUACUGAUGAUGAAACUAAUCCUGAUUGUAAAAUUAAAAUUGCUCAUGGUACUACCACUUUAGCAUUUAGAUAUCAAGGUGGUAUUAUUGUAGCUGUUGAUUCAAGAGCUACAGCUGGUAAUUGGAUUGCAUCUCAAACUGUUAAUAAAGUUAUUAGAAUUAAUCCAUUUUUAUUAGGAACAAUGGCUGGUGGAGCAGCUGAUUGUCAAUAUUGGGAAACUUGGUUAGGUACUCAAUGUAGAUUACAUGAAUUAAGAGAAAAAGAACGUAUAUCUGUAGCUGCUGCUUCUAAAAUAUUAGGUAAUUUAGUUUAUCAAUAUAAAGGUAUGGGAUUAUCAAUGGGUACAAUGGUUUGUGGUUAUACCAAAAAAGAAGGUCCAACAAUUUAUUAUGUUGAUUCAGAUGGUACAAGAUUAAAAGGUGAUUUAUUCUGUGUUGGUUCUGGUCAAACAUUUGCUUAUGGGGUAUUAGAUUCAGAAUAUAAAUGGGAAUUAACUGAUGAAGAAGCAUUAUAUUUAGGUAAAAGAAGUAUAUUGGCUGCUACCCAUAGAGAUGCUUAUUCUGGUGGUUCUAUUAAUUUAUACCAUGUAACUGAAAAAGGUUGGAUUUAUCAUGGUAAUCAUAAUGUUGGUGAUAUCUUUUGGGAUAUUAAGGAACAAGAAAAGUCAUUCAAUAAUGUUGAUGGUUAGAUUAGAUUCUUGUAUUCAAGUAAUUCUCAUAAAUUCAUAAUAUAAAUAUAUAAUGUACAGUAUAAUUCAAAU